GGCUGAGAGGGUUGGGGGCCUGGUCGACAUGGGUGAUUAGUCAUCAUGUGAGUGAGGUCCAUUGAAUGCCCCAGAGUCGCGCCAGGGGUGACAAUGACGGAUCUCUAGCCCGAUUCGACUUCAAUGUUGCCAUUCUCCAACCAUGUCGUAGGCUCGUAGCCUCUAUUCAAUUGUCAUAUUCCAGUCGUCAACAACUUCACCAUGGCCACGAAGAAAGCCGCACCCACAGAUGAUGAGCUACUGGCUCAGCUCGAUAACCUCAGCACCCAAGUCACCGCGCGCCCGCCGAAACCCUCUUCGCGAACUCCAAGACACGGACAGACUGCCCAGUCUUCGCAAUCCGAGCAGGACUUAUUGGCAGAACUCGGCAAUCUUGCUCAACGGCCUGCCAGUCGACCUAGCACACCUGCCCUCAAACCCACUCCUCAGUCUGCUGCCAAUCGAUCUCCCAUCCAUACCUCUGCUCCCACCCCUCCGCCUGGACGGACAAGCGAGGAGAAGUCAAGCAAUAAUGGUCAGCGGAAAUCUGGUGACAGUAUGCGUUCAUUCCAUCAAAGCUUCACGCCAGCAACAACAUCGACUGAAGACUCAGCAGAAGCCGAUCUACAACCUGAGCCUGCACCCGCAAAGAGCGGAGGCUGGUGGGGUGGCAUCCUGUCCACUGCCACUGCUGCAGUCUCCCAAGCUCAGGCGGCGGUCAAAGAGAUCCAAAAGAACGAGGAUGCACACAAAUGGGCAGACCAAGUCCGAGGAAAUGUAGGAAUACUCAGAGGCUUUGGCGACGAGCUCAGAUCUAUGGCUGUGCCGACAUUCCACAACAUCUUGCAGACGAUUGCACCGCCGAUCUCGUCCCAUGAGCGGCUACAGAUUCACAUUACUCAUGACCUCUCCAACUAUCCCACUUUAGACCCUCUCAUCUAUCAAGUCUUCAGCAGAGUCAUGGCGCAAGUAGAAGGAGGGGAUUUGAUGGUCGUCCAGAGAGGAAACGAAGCUGGUCCAAAGCGCGGUUCAAGCGAUGCUUCUCGCGACCUGGGUUCAUGGCAUGAUGGUCCAUGGUGGAGAAGUGGAGAAAGACGGAGCACCAACGCAAUCAGGGGCGCAACUGAAGGAAGCAAGCUUGUUAGAGCAUCUGCCGAAGGCUACGCGGAGGAAUAUUUCGCCAGCAGGGGCGGCGUUGAGCAAGCGGCUAAGCGAGCAACAGAAACGCUCUCGGACUCGAACCCUACCAGAGACAGUCAAAUCUUCCUCGCAGUCCAGGCAAUCUCACAGCCAGUGCCGAAAGAUAUGUUCGCCCAGGCGUCUGCCUCCGAGCAGGAAGGCCAGAUCAAGGAAGCUCCAUCCGACAAGGACGAAGAGGAAAUUGUAUUCGCUAUCUACCUGCACGACCCCAUUCACGGCAUUGCCUUUCAAGCAGUCUCUCAAGCUCUUCCGGCCCAGUGGAUCGAAUGGCUGGACGCUCCCAGUGGUGGAGAGGGUACCUUGCCUGAAAGUAUUGAAGAGAUUCUUGCUGGCGGUGGUAUUGACCCGCGGGAAUGGGUAAGCGAAUGGGUUGAGGAGACGCUCAGCCUCGUUGUCAGUGUGGUAGCCCAGAGGUACGUUGCCAGGCGGAUGGGCGUGGGUGAGAGUGGUGGCAGGAAAGGCAAAUUGAGGGCCGACCUGGGUCAAGAAGCCAUUACACAAAGCGGAGGGGGUGAAGCCGCUCGAGCACUGGGCGGGAUGUGAGAAGCGUGAAUGUGGAGUCGUCCGAACCUAGAUAUACCAGAUGUGCGUUGAUGGAGUUUUGGCCCCGAGUAUUUGGCGCAAGGCAGUGCCCUCUUUCCUGCGGCGCAGCUUUCUCCUGGUAGCAUAUUGCUGCACCUCAAUGUAACACAAUGUACUAUGCCCUUUUACAUCUUCCGGCGCAGCUCUUUUGAUAUGCCUCCCAUAAA